AUGCUGCCUGGUUCCAUUCAGAUCACAGGAGAGGCUCUGUCCGGAGCGGAAAUACGAGACAUUUGUGAAAGUCUGAAGGAGAACAGUGUGAGGCUGCUGUCGGUACGAGGCUGUCAGCUGUCUGACCGGGACUUCGGGCGCGUGUGCCGCGGGGUGUCCGAGUCGCGUUCGCUCGCGCAGCUCAACCUGAACCUGGGCGUGGUGUCGAGCAGCAGCCGCGCAAAGCAGCUCGCAGAGGCGCUCACAGCCAACAGGUCCAUCCAGACCCUAUUUCUGCACGGAAGCCCUCUUUUAGAUGCAGGGUUGGUCACUCUGAACACGGCUCUGUCAACUCACCCUUCUCUGGUGUCCUUGGACCUGGGAGAUUGUAUGCUGGGAGAUGAAGCAAUUCAGCUGAUUUGUGGCAUGUUGCCUCCAGAUGGGGCCAAAUCUGGUCUCAGAGAGUUGACACUAAGUGCAAACCCAGCCAUCACCACUAAAGGUUGGGCUCGCCUGGCAAUCGCUGUGGCUCAUAGCUCACAGCUACGGGUCCUUAAUCUCGACUACAAUCCCUUAGGGGACCAGAUUGCUGGAAUGCUGGCCGUUGCUGUGGCAUCUAGCAGGACCUUGGAAGUUUUAGACUUGGAGGGAACAGGGCUCACAAAUCAAUCAGCACAGGUCUUUCUAGACAUGGUGGAGAAUUACCCGACAUGCCUGCGUGUGCUGGUGCUGGCUGAGAACGCCAUCAGCCCUGAGCUGCAGCAGCAGAUCUCUGACCUCCUGUCUGAAGGUGAGGAGGAUGAGGAACGGGACACAGAGGCCCAUGGCAGCUCGGUCACCAUGCGAGAGAAACCUGCCUGGCUUCCCCACAGCAGAGUCAGCAGCACUCGGAAGAGCAGGAGUGUCGGUGUGUUUAGAGUAAUACAGGAGAACCCCAACUCCCAGAUGGUCCUGAUGUCAUCAGGACUGGGUGAGAGCUUUUUGGGCGAGACUGACUUGUGAUAUCUGGAGCUGCCUUUGGUUUUAGGUUUGCACUGCACCACGUGUUAGAGUGCAGCCACUCACAAAGCAUGAAGUGUAGCAUUUAGUGGUAGACUGUUGAAAGCCGACACACACACACACACACACACACACACACACACACACAAAACCUCGACCACCAAGUGACUUAUACACUAUAGUGAAUUAUUUAUUUGCCUGAUGUACAAUCUAUUUAUAAGCAACUAUUUAAGCAACAGUGUAUUCUUGAUUAGAUCAGCUAAGUAGGGUUGUUGUGAUGGCCUGAAUAAAUCUAUUUACAUCUUUCUAA